AAGAGCACCACCAUGCAGGAGAACGCCAGCACUGCAAACACCCAGGGCUCUACGAGAAUGCGGAAUGGAAUUAGGGUCUCACCACGCAAAGCACAGCUCUAGUCUGGAGCCGCAACGUUUUAGAAGAGCUAGUCAUCUAAAUUCUUGCGGUUUCCGAUCCGGUGCAAGCUGAUUGGCUAAUGACCUCACUGUCUGAUUCUAUAGGCUGGAUCUCUGGGAAUAAGCCAGACCGGCUGUGGAUAGUUAAACUGUAGGGAGCUCGAAAUUUUGCUGGUCAGCUUUAUUUCGAUUUGUCUGGAAAAGGGGGGGAAAAAUCCUAAUAUCCAGCUUCGUUGAUUGACGGUCUCUGACUCGUUGUUGGGGCUCCGUUUGAUUCCUCCACAUAAAGCAUCUGUUGAGGAAUUGGAUUUGACAGUCGUUCCGGGCAUCUCAGUCAGAGAUUUGGAAAUGGAAAUAGCUGAUUUCAAGGAGUCAGCUGGAUGGAAAAGUCAUCAAGCUGAGUUAUGACUUAGAAUGCCUUGCUUGACAAUGUGCAGAAUUGGCAAGACUGCACAAAUGAGCUUGACCUGAAGAAAUUGGAGCACGAUGAUGAUCUGAUUCUGCAAACUUGGAAAGAACUUCCUGUCAGAUACACCACCCUGCAGAAUUGCAGCUUGGCCUUACUUACACACAUAGGUGGAACCAAUCAUUGAAAGCAGACUUUCUCUCAUUUGAAUUGCAACAAAGGUAACUUGUGCUCAAGUUUGACAGAAGACAGACCUGAAUGCGUGCAUGAAGCUGAAUUUGACCAGUUAUGAUAGAAAUUUCAAAGACGUGCAAAAAGAUGCAAAACACCUCUCUGAAGCACGGAAGUAUGUAGACAACUUCAGUUUGGAAGCUUAUCGUUUUUCAGCUCAAGAUGGUGCAGCAGAAAAAAUCUGUUCUUCGGGUGUCCUUUAAAUAUUUCUGCACUCCUUCACUCUUAACAAAAUGGCUUUUAAAAUCCGAUAACUUGUGAAAUCUGUGCACAAAGCUGAGAUUACAAGGAUACUGUACAAGAGGCAAUAUGCAUUCCAAUGGACAUCUCUUGUGAACAGGAGACUCUGUUGUCAAAUGAAAACAACACCCUAAAAGCACUGAUCCGUAACUGGAACAAGUAUUAAAGGAACUGCAUCAGAAUGUUUGUUAGUGCCAGAAAAGGCAGAAAAUGCCAGUUUGUGCAGAUACUUGCCACAUGUUUUGUACUGUCUCUCAUGAUUUUCUGGACACCGCUUGAUAAUCAUAUUGUGAGCCAUAUGAAGUCCUAUUCGUACAGAUACCUCAUAAAUAGCUACACAUUUGUGAAUAAUAGCCUGUCCAUAAACAGGGACAACUUAGACAGGGUAGCAAGCUACCGAUACUUGAUCAACCAUAAGGAGAAAUGUCAGCAGCAAGAGGUUCUCCUUCUAUUGUUUGUAAAGACUUCUCCAGAAAACCGGCAUCGGCGAGAUGCAAUUCGACAAACCUGGGGUAAUGAAAAAUAUGUACAUUCUCAUCUUAAUGCCAACAUUAAAACUGUUUUUGCUUUAGGACAACCAGCAGAUCGUAUGCAGGGAGUACAGAUGCAAAGAAAUCUUCUAAUGGAAAACCAGAAAUACAAUGAUUUGAUCCAACAAGACUUCUUGGAUACUUUUCACAAUCUUACCCUUAAGUUACUUUUGCAGUUUGGAUGGGUGAAUGCAUACUGCCCUCAUGCCAAGUUCAUUAUGUCUGCAGAUGAUGAUAUUUUUAUUCACAUGCCAAAUCUUGUUGCAUAUCUCCAAAGGCUAGUGGAAAUUGGUGUUCAGGAUCUCUGGAUUGGGCGUGUCCAUCGUGGUGCUCCUCCCGUGAGAGAUAAGACUAGCAAAUACUAUGUUCCAUAUGAAAUGUAUCAAUGGCCUUCUUACCCUGACUACACAGCUGGAGCCGCAUAUGUAAUAUCAAGUGAUGUAGCAGCUAAAGUAUAUGCAGCUUCACAGACUCUUAAUACAAGUCUUUAUAUAGAUGAUGUAUUCAUGGGUCUCUGUGCCAAUAAAAUGGGAAUUGUUCCACAAUAUCAUGUAUUCUUUUCUGGGGAAGGAAAGGCUCCAUAUCAUCCCUGCAUUUAUGACAAAAUGAUAACCUCUCAUGGACAUGUAGAAGACCUUCAUCACCUUUGGAAGCAGGCAACAGAUCCAAAAGUUAAAAACUUUUCCUCUGGAUUUUGGGGUAGAACAUAUUGCAGAAUAGUUAAUAUUAUGCUUCUUUGCAAACUGCACUAUGAGGACACAUAUCCCUGUUCAGCUGCAUUUUCCUAAUACUUGAAUAUCUGCAUAGAGAUUCAUUGAGCCAAAAUGGAGUGACAACUUUUAACUGGUAUCCAUAAUACAGAUAAAAUAAACAGAAGAGGUAAGAUUAAAAUGUGAAUGGCGUUACGUCCCAAAUUAUUCUGCUCAGGAACUUUACCAGAAUAAUACUCGCUGGCUGUAUUAAUUUCCACAUACUGAAGCCUGUAUUUUUAUACUCCUUUUCAAGGGAUUUGAAUAGUUAUUACUGACUUCAUUUUUUUAGAUACUGAAAAGUAUUUGAACUUGAGAGUACAGAAUUUGUCAGUUAGCCUUGUUAGUUGUAUCCAGUUGAAAACCAGUGUGUAAAUUAAGGCACAUCAUUUCAAGGAAAUGGCUUGCCACUUAAACUUCCAUAAGUAGCACUUCCCAAACAAAAGGAAAUAAUACUUCUGAUACCAUGAGUAAAAAGGUAUAGUGGCAAUUUUAAGAGGUAAACUAAUCAAAUGGUUACCAUUUUUCUGAAUACAGGUCAACAAAAUGACUCUAAAAAUCAAAAUAAUCCACAAAUGGUGCUAGAGGUGAAAGCUUGCUAAAAUGUUUUGUUCUCUUGAGGUCAUGUAAGUCUUGCACAACAUUUGGGCGAGGGGGAAAUGGCAUUCACACUGUCCUGCUAACUUGUGCUUUUGGGUAAUAUGAGCUCUAUUUUAGAAUAGGAGUUUGUGGGAAGGGACACUGAUCACUUAUGCAACACUAUUUCAACAACAGCAAACCUUCAAAAAUUAAGUAAUUAAAAUUUUUAAAUCUGAACACAUUUUCUGAAGUAAUAUUUUUAAACACUACAAUCAGAUCUUAGUAGACUAAGAGCACAUGUAUUGAAAUAUGGCCUUCUAGUUGUAACUUCCCAAAAUAUUUAUUUGCCUAGUUAAUAAUUUUAAAGUGAGAAGGCAGGUUAAACUUCUCCAUUUAACAAUGUAGUUCAGAUUAUUUUUAAAAAAUGAAGCCAAAUUUGUGCAAACUUGAGUGCAAACAAAGGAAGAGUCAAGGAUCUUGAAAGUAAGGGUAGAAUGCACAAAAGUGAUAGGAUAAAAAUAUUGAUAGUAAUGUUAAAAUGCAACAUUUUUAAAAAUUACAAAAUCAUCUAAAUUGUCCUCUCAAUCUAAUUGGUUUCAUGCACAGAUCUUUGUCUAAUGGCCAUGUGAAGAAGUCCAUGUCAAAAUAGAUUUGGUUGAAGAGAAAGAUACAGAUUUUCUAUUUCUAGUUUCCAUUUACUUGUGCCUCUUCAACAUGAGCAAAUAGCUAAACUUCCAAUUUACAAAGGCUAGUCAUAGGUGAAAUCAAGACUCUGGCCACCACCAUUACUUGUAAUCUGAUAGUUAUGAGCUAUGUCCAACACCUCUAAAGCACAUGUUUGGAAGAAGUAUUCAGUUGUUGUUGUUAGUCUGGUUCUAACACUGUUUCCUGUACUUUGUGGACAAGUGUGUUACUUUAUUUAUAUGUAUGUAUAUAUAAAAAAACCAACCCCAAACUACCAGGAGUAGCCAAAGCCAUGGUAGCUGUUUGGAUACUGCUAGAUGUGUGUAUAAGUUGUGUUUGUCUCAAUUUUGAGAGCUGUUCGACAUUGAUGUGAGUUCCAGCGUGAACAAGGUCAUAAAAUCACUUCAGAAUGGUUAAAUUCAUAUCUUCACCCACUGGGAUUUAGCAGCAAAAAUGCAAAGGCUGGGGGGGGGAGGGGGGAGAAAAAGUCUGCCACUUUUAGUGGAGCGUUGUCAUGUUCUAGGAGACUGGCUACUUGUUUUAUGAGAGAAUGUCCACCUUUUUUCCUAAAUUUCCCAUCGACACCUCCAAUACUGUAAAUGAGUAUAUGGGAACACUAAAGUAGAUCAGUCACCUGUAUUUAACUCUAGUGGCGUCUAAACUUUGCUGAUUUUUUUAAAAUGCAGUCAUCUGGAUGCAUCCUCUUUGUUUAAGCUAACCUGCACUCUAUCGCAACCAUCUGUAGGGCUGCACCAGUGGUAGGAGGGGAAAAAAGUCAAGACCCAGGAGUGAACUGUUCUUAGAUGGUUAUUAGAGCAUGAUUGAUAUUUGCCACUUACUUUCAGCUGAAAUAAGAGCUCAAUAUCUACUGAGUAAUCAUAUAAACUUUAAGUGUUUCUCCAGAAUGAAAGUGUAAGAGAACCAGUGGAUUGGCUAUUGUAGGAUCCAGGUGUUGACUAUACACAGAAACCAACAAGUGAAACUUAGUCUAUUACCAUUAAUGCAAAAGCAAUGGUUGAAAAAUGAUAAAUUAAUGUUCUAAUUCUGCAGCUCUAAAAUUAUUACAGCAAAACAAAUAGUUAGUCCAGGCUCUAAUUAGAAAACAGGUUUAUUUACUGUAAUCAGAAAACUAGUUUUGCUUUAUGAUGGCAAAAUAACUAAAAUUACAAAGUUGUAGAUCUAAAUUCCUGAGAAACUUUAAAACUACAUCACACUGUGGAAACACUUCUUAUAACUGAUGGAAAUUUUGAUUGCACUAGCCACUUUGAAUUGACAGUAACCUGUGGCAGAAAUGGCAUAACAAAUCCCAGUUAGCAUAAAAUAGUUAAAAUGUAGUAUACAAUUAAGGUCCUAAUCCUGUAAGCAAAUUUCAGUGCAUAAUUUGACUUGUGUAAGUAAAAUUAAACAUAUUAUUAAGUCUUUGCAGGAUUGGGCUCUGUUACCAUCUAUAACUUGUAAUUUUAUAUAAAAUCUGAAUUUGCCAUUGUAUGAAAAGAUCAAUGUCUCUUGACUAUUGAAAUGCUUUUGUUUACAGCAGGUCUGUUUUAUUGGGAAUAUUCCUUAUCUUAAAGGACUUCGAUGUUUGUAAUUUGUUGGUUUAUUUUUGCUGCAGUUUGAGAGAAUGUUUAUAAACUUGAAGAAAAUAUGAUGGCACUCUUUUCAAAGAAUAGAGAAGCUAGAAAAUUUCUUAACCUUUGGCUCUAAACAUUGACUUAAUGUGUAUUCCAUUUAGGGUUUUGUUUUGUUUUUUUGAGAGAGGGGGAGGAAUGUCAGUGCUCCAAUGCUGGGCUGUCCAUGUUUUUUCACGACUUAAAACAUUCAGCAGCCUGAAUGGUCGCUUCUCAAUUAGCAGUUUUGACACUAUUGCACAAAAUGUUUAAUGCUGAAAUUUUGUUUUUACCUUUGUUGAGUUUGCAUCAAGUUUCCUUUGAUAUUACUAACUUUUAUACAAAUAAAUAUUUAUUCUUGGAACUCUUUGCUCAAUCACAAGACAAUUGUUUUGUAAGACUUUGUUUUGAAUAAACAGUGUUUGUGUAUUUUUUUUAAACUGGUAAGCCUUUUUGCCUUUCAGAAUUGCACGUCUUGUACCUGACAUCCUUCAUUUCAGUGCUUCAGAAUUCAAAUUUUAAGACAUUGAUGUUCAGUGGUGGGGAGCUUGCGUCCUGCAGG